AUGAGUAGAGAUCGAUUUCUUCAAAUCAAAAAAUAUUUACGUGUUACCGACAAUUCAGUUCAGUCAAAUCGAACAGAUAUAAAUUUUGAUCGAGCCAAUAAAGUUCGUCCAUUAUUAAAUAUUGUAAAAGAAAAUUUUAGGAAAAUUUCAAAAGAACAAAAAUUAAGCAUUGAUGAACAAAUUAUUCCAUUUAAAGGCAAAAGUAUAAUGAAGCAACAUAUGCCGAAUAAGUCGAAUCGUUGGAGUUAUAAAAUGUUUCUUUUAGUUGGUGGCAAAAGUGGUAUAUGCUAUGACUUUAUUUCCUAUACAGGUAAAAAUGAUAAAAAGAAGCAUGGAUUUUGUACAGAUAUUGUAUUGGAUCUUUGUGAAACUGUGUCAAGUUUUACCAAUCACAAAGUAUAUUUUGAUAAUUAUUUUGCAACUAUUCAUUUACAGGUAGAGUUGAGAAAGUUAGGCAUUUUUGCAGUUGGUACGGUAAGACCAAAUCGAUUAAUUGAUUUAAACAUCAAAAGUGAAAAAGAUUUAUCAAAAGAAGGUAGGGGUACAAUGGAUCAUCGUGUCACAGACGUUGAAGGGGUGCAAUUAUGCGUGACACGAUGGUAUGAUAAUAAUGUUAUUAAUUGUCUUUCUACAUUGCACGGUUGUGAACCGAUUGAGUCAGCACAACGAUAG